AUGUCGGGCUUCUUCAUCGACCCCAAGGACCUGCCCGACGACGGCUACGGGCUCAUCCAGGUGCUGUUCCUGGGCGCCGUCUACGGCUUCGUGCUCUUCAACGCCAGCAACCUCAUCUCGGACGGCAGCGAGCUGCUGCUGCUCGUGCCGUCCAUGGCGGGCAUCGUGGGCAGCGUCGUGCUGCCCGUGCUGGGCGCCGUGCCCGACGGCGCCAUCGUGCUCUUCUCGGGCAUGGGCCCGGACGCGCAGCAGCAGGUCUCGGUGGGCGUGGGCGCGCUCGCGGGCUCCACCAUCAUGCUGCUGACCAUCCCGUGGGCGCUCAGCGUCUUCGCCGGGCGCGUCAACAUCGACGAGAACGGGCGCGGCAACUACGUGCGCCCCAAGGGCGACCAGCACUGGGCCAAGCUCAUGCCGCCCGGCAACAAGGACCUCACGCGCACGGGCGUCGUGCUGUUCGACGAGAUCCCGUCCACGGCCAGAACCAUGAUCUUUACCAGUCUCAUCUACCUGAUUCUGCAGGUCCCGGCGCUGUUCUACACGGGCACGGCCAAGGAGGACGCCCAGGCCGACAACACGCAAGUGGCCAAGGCCGAGAAGCCCUUCGCCAUCGUGGCCUUUGUGGUGUCCAUGAUCUCGUUUGUGCUGUACCUCUACUGGAACGUGCAGCGCUCGUCUGAAGUCAAGGAGGACGUCAUUGAUGAAGUCCGAGUGGCUGCUAUCCGUGACGGAGAGAUCAGUCUGUCCGGUAUCCUGGCUGCAGAGGUGGCUAAGUUGAAGAAGGAGUCCCCGACCCACGCUACGCCGCUCAACGCCUCGCGUGAGCACUUCGACCGCGUCGCGGACAUCAUCCGCCCGUUCUUCCACGCCUACGACAAGAACCGCGACCGCCGGAUGGACGCGGACGAGCUGCAGGUGUUCUUCAAGGACCUGGGCGAGGCGGUGUCCCGUGACGAGGCCGAGAAGUGGAUGGCUGCGGCCGACAAGGACAAGAGCGGCUUCAUCGAGUUCAACGAGCUCGUGGAGGCCACGCUGCGCUACCUGCUGGCCAAGUAUGAGAACGAGAUCCAGGGCCGCUCGUCCGUCUCGAUGCAGCGCGUCGUGGUGGAGCAGCAGUACUCGCUGGCCAUCCCCGCCGCGGAGGGUGAAGAUGACGAAGAGGAGGAGGAAGUCCCGGAAGACCUCGCGCACCUGUCCAUCGCCGAGCAGCAGAAGAAGAUCAAGAUCCGCUCGGCCUACAUGAUGUUCCUGGGCACGGCGCUGGUGCUGCUGUUCUCGGACCCGAUGGUGGACGUGCUGUCGGAGGUGGGCGCGCGCACGGGCAUCCCGGCCUUCUACGUGUCGUUCGUGGUGGCGCCGCUGGCUUCGAAUGCCAGCGAGCUCAUCGCCGCCUACAACUACGCGCAGAAGAAGACGUCCAAGACCAUCUCCAUCUCCAUCUCUGCGCUGCUCGGCGCCGCCUGCAUGAACAACACCUUCUGCCUGGGUAUCUUCGCGGCGCUGAUGUCGUUCAAGAGCGGCGGUCUGGUGUGGGAGUUCUCGGCCGAGACCUUCUCGAUCCUGUUCGUGGAGCUCGUGAUCGGCUACAUCGCGAUGAAGAAGACCCAGCGUCUGCUUGAUGGUUUGAUCGUGCUGCUGCUGUACCCGGCCUCCAUCUUCCUGGUGUUCCUGCUGGAGAACGUGCUCGGUCUGGACUAA